AUGACGGAACCCCCAUCAGAACAACCGCCGAUGGCGGACACUUACGACGACCAAGAUCACGAGCCGCAUCCGUUUGCGCCAAUAUUCACCCUCGUGAAUAAUGCAUCAACGCGUACAACCCAUCAUCCACAUGUGCGCUACAUCUUCAGCGACGAUGACCCAGACAUCCUAACACAUGCAUUAGCCGAACUUGACAUCGGUGUCGACGGAACCACCUCCGACCCAGCCUCGUCCAAUAGGGCUAUGGUACUAGACCUAGCACCCGACCCUACAGGAGGAUAUAGCGUUGCUUGGACUUCAAGUUUGUCGCCAUCCUGGGCAGUGCUAGAUGCGCAACUCAGCCAAAUAGCACCACCUUCGUCCGACGGGGGAAGCAAUAACGGCAACGGAGGUGGAGAUGGUAGCAGCCGACCCGAUCGCCUUAUGUUAAAAAUUGAAGGCAUAGAAAGCAAUAGUCUAGGCUCGGAGGGUGGACUAUCUGGAGAGGCAAGCAGAUACGGUUCAGGUAGCGGAAGUGGUGGUGGAAGUGGACAGCAUGAUCGUGAUCGAGGGGAGAUCGAAGACUAUACCAACUUAGUGGACAAAUUUGACAGGCAGAUGGCCACACUUCGGAAAAUCGUUGAUGCUAGCGAGGAGAGACAACAGAAGACAACCGCAGAUAUCUAUGCGACAGUAGAACCUACACAAGAAGUGGCGGGUGGAAUCUAA